AUGUCGAAAUCUAAUCAAGAACUCUUAGAAAGAGCAAUUAAGAUGAUAAAUUAAGAUAUAGAGAUUUAUUAAAAGUUAAAUACAGUACAAUUUGAUAAAGGAUUGGAUUUUUUUGAGAUUUAUUCAGAAUGCUAUGACAUAAGCAAUGCUAUUAAUAAUAGUAUCUAAAGAAUAAUAAAUAAUAUUGAUGAAGAAUCAGAUAAAGAUAAUAAAGAUAAUUAGAAAAGUGAUGGUAUAAUAUAGUUAUAAUUUUUUCUCAUACAAAUUGAAAACUAGUAAUAAACUGAUACAAGAUGUUAGAAUAUCAUUGCUAUUACAAAAAAACUUGUAGCUUUUUUAGAGAGAAAUUAAGAGUUUAAUAAUAAAUUCAAAAUUUAGAGGGACCAAUUAAAUUAUUUAAGAAUAAUUUAUAAUGAUCCUCAAUGUACUAAUGCUUUGAAAUCCGGACUAAAUCUAGUAUAUAUUUAUUUUCAAAUUUAGCUUACUGAAUGGUUAGUUGCGAUGUGUUAUAAAUUUAAAAUAAAUAAAAAAAUUGAUUUUAUAACUAAAACUUUACCCAGAGUAUAAUAUUAAGCAAAUGUAGUUUUAGAGUUUUUUUUAAGCUAAGAAGAUUAAAUUAGUAAAAACAAUUAAGUUGGAUAAUAAAAAAUAACAGAAUCUUUUUUAUCAGAUUAAUAGGAAAUUGCAGAGAUUUUGUCUGAUGGAUUUGUUUUAUAAUAAUUGACAAGUUCAUUAAUAGGAUCCAUUUAAGGAGGUUUUUGCAGUAUAGGAGAAUGGGUAUAAGGGGUCAUUUAAGCUUCAAAUUAGAAUUUUAACCAAUUGUAGAAUACAUAAGAAAAAAUAAAAAAAUGA